AUGGCGGAUCGGACAGCUCCCAGCUGCCAGCUCCGGCUGGAGUGGGUGUACGGGUACCGGGGUCACCAGUGCCGCAACAACCUGUACUACACGGCCGGCAAGGAGGUGGUCUACUUUGUGGCUGGGGUCGGGGUGGUUUACAACACCCGAGAGCACAGCCAAAAAUUCUUCUUGGGACACAACGACGACAUUAUCAGCCUUGCCUUACACCCAGAUAAAACUCUUGUUGCAACUGGCCAAGUUGGAAAGGAGCCAUAUAUAUGUAUAUGGGAUUCCUAUAAUGUCCAGACUGUGUCUAUUCUUAAGGAUGUCCAUACACAUGGAGUCGCCUGCUUGGCUUUCGACUCAGACGGACAGCGUUUGGCCUCUGUGGGACUGGAUGCAAAAAACACAGUCUGCAUCUGGGACUGGAGGAAGGGAAAACUUCUGGCCUCAGCCACCGGCCACUCCGACCGGAUUUUUGAUAUUUCCUGGGAUCCAUAUCAGCCAAACAGAGUGGUUAGCUGUGGAGUAAAACAUAUAAAGUUUUGGACACUCUGUGGAAAUGCCUUGACUGCAAAAAGAGGGAUAUUUGGCAAAACAGGGGAUCUUCAGACCAUCCUUUGCCUUGCAUGUGCCAAAGAUGACAUCACCUAUUCUGGUGCUUUAAAUGGCGACAUCUAUGUCUGGAAAGGGCUCAAUUUAGUCCGCACCAUUCAAGGAGCACACAGUGCUGGAAUCUUUAGCAUGUAUGCUUGUGAAGAAGGCUUUGCCACUGGUGGACGAGAUGGGUGUAUUCGAUUAUGGGAUACUGAUUUCAAACCAAUAACCAAAAUUGAUCUCAGGGAGACAGAACAAGGAUAUAAAGGCCUCUCCAUCCGGAGCGUGUGCUGGAAAGCAGACCGCCUCCUAGCAGGGACCCAGGACAGUGAGAUAUUUGAAGUGAUUGUGCGCGAACGAGACAAGCCAAUGCUGAUCCUGCAAGGCCACUGUGAGGGGGAGCUCUGGGCUCUGGCCCUGCACCCCAAGAAGCCCCUGGCUGUGACGGGAAGUGACGAUCGCUCUGUCAGGCUAUGGAGCCUGGCUGACCAUGCCUUGAUCGCCCGCUGUAACAUGGAGGAAGCAGUUCGCAGUGUGGCCUUCAGCCCGGAUGGAUCUCAGCUGGCCCUGGGCAUGAAGGACGGCUCUUUCAUUGUUCUCCGAGUCAGAGAUAUGACAGAAGUGGUUCAUAUCAAAGAUCGAAAAGAAGUCAUUCAUGAAAUGAAAUUUUCUCCAGAUGGCUCUUACCUCGCGGUGGGAUCCAAUGAUGGCCCAGUGGACGUGUAUGCCGUUGCCCAGCGGUAUAAGAAAAUUGGAGAAUGCAGCAAGUCACUUAGUUUCAUCACACACAUUGACUGGUCUUUGGAUAGCAAAUACUUGCAGACCAAUGACGGCGCGGGAGAACGCCUGUUCUACAAGAUGCCAUCUGGGAAGCCUUUAACAAGUAAAGAAGAAAUCAAAGGGAUUCCCUGGGCCUCCUGGACAUGUGUGAAAGGCCCCGAAGUGAGUGGAAUUUGGCCUAAAUACACCGAUGUCACUGACAUCAAUUCGGUGGAUGCAAAUUACAACAGCUCAGUGCUGGUGUCUGGAGAUGAUUUUGGACUGGUUAAAUUGUUUAAAUUUCCUUGUCUCAAGAAAGGAGCCAAAUUUAGAAAGUAUGUGGGCCAUUCUGCACAUGUCACAAAUGUCCGCUGGUCCCAUGACUUUCAGUGGGUAUUGAGCACAGGAGGGGCUGACCACUCAGUUUUCCAGUGGAGAUUUAUUCCAGAAGGUGUCAGCAACGGUCUGCUGGAAACUGCACCCCAGGAAGGUGGCACUGAUUCUUACAGUGAAGAGUCUGAUUCGGAUUUAUCUGAUGUGCCAGAGUUGGACUCUGAUAUUGAGCAAGAAACUCAAAUCAAUUAUGAUCGCCAGGUUUACAAAGAAGAUCUACCUCAGCUAAAGCAACAAAGUAAAGAGAAAAACCAUGCAGUGCCCUUCCUCAAAAGAGAAAAGGCUCCUGAGGACAGCUUGAAACUCCAGUUCAUACACGGUUACAGGGGCUACGACUGUAGAAACAAUCUGUUCUACACGCAGACCGGAGAAGUGGUCUAUCACAUUGCUGCAGUUGCUGUUGUGUACAACAGGCAGCAACACUCCCAGAGGCUGUACCUGGGGCACGAUGAUGACAUUCUCAGCCUGACCAUCCAUCCAGUGAAAGACUACGUGGCCACCGGGCAGGUUGGAAGAGAUGCUGCUAUUCAUGUGUGGGACACACAAACUCUGAAAUGUUUGUCACUAUUGAAAGGACAACACCAGAGAGGAGUGUGUGCACUUGAUUUUUCAGCUGAUGGAAAAUGUCUGGUGUCGGUUGGUUUAGACGAUUUUCACAGUAUUGUGUUUUGGGACUGGAAAAAGGGAGAAAAGAUAGCCACCACAAGAGGACAUAAGGAUAAGAUAUUUGUGGUAAAGUGUAACCCACACCAUGUUGACAAACUGGUUACAGUUGGGAUGAAGCACAUCAAAUUCUGGCAGCAAGCAGGUGGGGGCUUCACCUCUAAAAGAGGAAUUUUUGGAAGUGUUGGAAAAUUGGAAACAAUGAUGUGUGUUUCUUAUGGGCGAAUGGAAGAUCUAGUGUUCUCAGGAGCAGCUACUGGAGAUAUUUUUAUUUGGAAAGAUAUCUUCCUACUGAAGACAGUGAAAGCUCAUGAUGGGCCUGUGUUUGCUAUGUAUGCAUUGGAUAAGGGUUUUGUAACAGGUGGAAAGGAUGGAAUUGUGGAGCUCUGGGAUGACAUGUUUGAAAGAUGCUUGAAGACUUAUGCCAUUAAAAGAGCAGCAUUGUCAACUAGCUCAAAAGGCUUGCUUUUGGAAGAUAACCCUUCAAUUCGUGCCAUUACUUUGGGACAUGGGCAUAUCCUGGUGGGAACAAAAAAUGGGGAGAUCCUGGAAAUUGACAAAAGCGGCCCAAUGACACUGCUCGUUCAGGGGCACAUGGAAGGAGAAGUGUGGGGGCUGGCAGCUCACCCUCUCCUGCCCAUCUGUGCAACCGUGAGCGACGAUAAAACUCUCCGGAUAUGGGAAUUAUCCUCCCAGCACCGCAUGCUGGCAGUGCGCAAGCUCAAAAAAGGUGGAAGAUGCUGUGCCUUCUCCCCUGAUGGGAAAGCCUUAGCAGUUGGCUUGAAUGAUGGGAGUUUCCUGGUCGUAAAUGCUGACACUGUUGAAGACAUGGUCUCCUUCCAUCACAGAAAAGAAAUGAUCUCUGAUAUUAAAUUUUCAAAAGAUACAGGAAAAUACCUUGCCGUGGCAUCCCAUGAUAACUUUGUGGAUAUUUACAACGUACUGACAAGCAAACGGGUGGGCAUCUGUAAAGGUGCUUCUAGUUAUAUUACCCAUAUUGACUGGGACUCUAGAGGAAAAUUAUUGCAAGUUAAUUCGGGUGCCAAAGAACAACUCUUUUUUGAAGCUCCGAGAGGCAAACGGCAUAUAAUAAGACCUUCGGAGAUUGAGAAAAUAGAGUGGGACACGUGGACCUGCGUGCUGGGGCCUACGUGUGAGGGAAUCUGGCCUGCACACAGCGAUGUGACUGAUGUAAAUGCUGCCAGUCUUACCAAAGACUGUUCCCUCUUAGCCACUGGAGAUGAUUUCGGUUUUGUUAAGCUUUUUUCAUAUCCUGUCAAGGGCCAGCAUGCAAGGUUCAAGAAGUAUGUGGGGCACAGCGCACACGUCACCAAUGUGAGGUGGCUGCACAACGACUCUGUGCUGCUCACAGUUGGUGGAGCCGACACAGCCUUGAUGAUCUGGACGAGGGAGUUUGUGGGGACCCAGGAGAGCAAGCUGGUGGACAGCGAGGAGUCGGACACCGAUGCUGAAGAGGACGGAGGCUAUGACAGUGACGUUGCCAGAGAGAAGGCCAUUGAUUACACCACCAAGAUCUAUGCUGUGAGCAUCAGGGAGAUGGAAGGAACCAAACCUCACCAGCAGCUGAAAGAAGUUUCAGUGGAAGAAAGGUAUGGUGUCACCAGGGGAUCAAGACCGCCUGUUAGCAGAGCAGCCCCCCAGCCUGAGAAACUCCAGAAGAACAACAUCACCAAAAAAAAGAAACUGGUUGAGGAGCUGGCUCUCGACCACGUGUUUGGCUACAGGGGAUUCGACUGUCGCAACAACCUGCAUUACCUGAACGACGGUGCAGACAUCAUCUUCCACACCGCGGCGGCUGGCGUGCUCCAGAGCCUCUCCACGGGGAGCCAAAGCUUCUACCUGGAGCACACGGAUGACAUCCUUUGCCUCACGGUGAACCAGCACCCCAAGUACAGGAACGUGGUGGCCACCAGCCAGAUAGGUAGGAGCCUCCCACAUUCAGGAACAACACCCUCAAUCCACAUCUGGGAUGCCAUGACCAAACACACGCUCUCUAUGCUGCGGUGCUUCCACUCGAAGGGGGUGAAUUACAUCAACUUCAGCGCCACUGGGAAGCUCCUUGUAUCGGUGGGAGUGGACCCUGAGCACACCAUCACUGUCUGGCGUUGGCAGGAAGGCGCCAAGGUUGCCAGCCGAGGGGGUCACCUGGAGCGCAUAUUUGUGGUGGAAUUUCGCCCUGACUCGGACACGCAAUUUGUGUCUGUCGGGGUCAAACAUAUGAAGUUCUGGACCCUGGCAGGCAGUGCCCUGCUUUACAAGAAAGGGGUCAUUGGAUCCAUGGAGGCUGCCAAGAUGCAGACGAUGCUCUCCGUGGCCUUCGGUGCUAACAACCUCACUUUCACGGGUGCCAUCAACGGAGACGUCUACGUGUGGAAGGACCACUUCCUCGUCCGACUGGUGGCCAAGGCUCACACGGGCCCUGUCUUCACAAUGUACACGACCCUCCGGGAUGGACUCAUAGUGACCGGUGGCAAAGAGCGGCCGACCAAAGAAGGAGGUGCUGUGAAAUUGUGGGACCAGGAGAUGAAGCGCUGCCGGGCCUUCCAGCUGGAGACGGGGCAGCCGGUGGAGUGUGUGCGCUCUGUGUGCCGCGGCAAAGGGAAAAUUUUAGUAGGAACCAAAGACGGAGAAAUAAUUGAAGUUGGUGAAAAAAAUGCCGCUUCUAACAUCCUGAUUGAUGGGCACAUGGAAGGGGAGAUCUGGGGUCUGGCCACACACCCCUCCAAGGACAUCUUCAUCUCUGCCAGCAACGAUGGCACAGCCCGCAUCUGGGACCUGGCCGACAAGAAACUGCUUAACAAGGUGAACCUGGGCCACGCGGCCAGAUGUGCAGCCUACAGCCCUGACGGGGAGAUGGUGGCCAUUGGCAUGAAGAAUGGAGAGUUUGACAUCUUGUUAGUGAACAGCCUGAAAGUCUGGGGGAAGAAACGAGACCGGAAGUCUGCUAUCCAAGAUAUCAGAAUCAGCCCAGACAGCAGAUUCUUAGCCGUUGGUUCUUCUGAACACACAGUUGACUUCUAUGACCUCACUCAGGGCACAAGCCUGAACCGCAUUGGCUACUGCAAAGAUAUUCCAAGCUUUGUCAUUCAGAUGGAUUUUUCUGCGGAUGGCAGAUACAUCCAGGUGUCAACAGGAGCCUACAAGCGCCAGGUGCAUGAGGUACCCCUGGGGAAGCGGGUCACUGAAGCCGUGGCCAUUGAGAAGAUCACCUGGGCCUCCUGGACAAGCAUUCUGGGGGAUGAAGUCAUUGGCAUCUGGCCACGAAAUGCGGACAGGGCUGAUGUCAACUGCGCGUGUGUGACCCAUGCUGGCCUCAACAUUGUCACAGGAGAUGACUUUGGGCUGGUGAAGCUCUUUGAUUUUCCAUGCACAGAAAAAUUUGCCAAACAUAAGCGUUACUUUGGCCACUCAGCUCACGUGACGAACAUCCGUUUCUCUCAUGAUGACAAGUAUGUGGUCAGCACUGGAGGAGACGACUGCAGUGUGUUUGUGUGGCGAUGUCUGUAA